CUUCGCUAUCAUUGUAGUCUUUGCACCUUCGGGUAGCAUACUUUAAACUUCGAACGAUACAGAGAAGAUUAGCAUUGCCCCUGCAGAAGGAUGACAAUGAUGUUCAGACGAGGUGGAUCUUCGGAUCCAAAUAUGUUUUUGCCAACGCAGGAAGUGAGCUUUUCCAAUGUAUGCCGGAGAGGGCAUGUAUGGUGAAAGAACUAGUGCAGGAGUAGUGGGAGCCGUCUGGGACCCGGAGUACUGAAGCACAUAUUUUUGCAAUAGGAAAGCUGAUCAGACUCACAGCUCCACAACCAUCUCGAGACUCCAACCUCGAGCGCUUUGCACUAUGCGCCGCGGCCCUGGCCUGGCAGCCCUGGACCGCUCCGCUGCGACUUCGCUGCAGUACAACAGCCUCUCCUCGGAGCUCACCUCGUCGCAACUCACCGAGCUCCACGCGCAGCUCGACACCUUCUCGUCGGCCCUGCGAAAUUUUGCCGCACGGCACCGUGGCGACAUCAAGCGCGAUGCGAGCUUCCGCCACGCGUUCCAGCAGAUGUGCGCCGCCAUCGGCGUCGAUCCGCUCGGCGGCAGGGCUGGGCCGGGAGGGCUGGGAAAUCUGGGGAGGAUGUGGAACGACGUCCUGGGGCUGGGUGACUGGCAGUACGAGCUCGGAAUUCAGAUCAUCGACGUGUGCGUCUCGACGCGGCCUUACAAUGGCGGCCUGAUCAGGAUGGACGACCUCAUUCGGGCUGUCAUGCAUUCGAGGGGCAAGAAGGAGGGGGAAGAAGGGGAUAUCACCGAGGAAGACGUCGUCAGGUCGAUUGCCGUCCUCAAGCCGCUGGGAAGCGGGUAUGAAGUCAUUGACAUUGCUGGGACAAAGAUGGUCAGAUCUGUCCCCAAAGAGCUCGACACAGACACGUCUGUCGUGCUCGGAUUGCUCUCUUCGUCCUCGUCUAGCACGGCAGCUUUCAACGAUGCGGUCGGGAACCGGUACGUGACAGAAGAUGGGCUCCUGGAUCCUUGCCCAGAGUUGGCCAAGGGGAAGUGGACUCGACAGAGGGCUAGAGCGAUCCUCGACGAUCUCAGUCUGGGGCAAGGGAUUCUGUGGAUCGACGAACAGGCUCAUCCUGCCCGGUACUACUCUCUCUUGGGUCUGGGCGCCGGGCUUACCGCAUGACGCAUUGAGCUUGUCAACAUCUGUAUCAUUGACCAUCUAAUCAUGAAGAACUGUAAUGUAGCGACUCCCGCUCCUGGUGGUGCCUCAGCGCUUCAUCGCGAUCCAUAUUGGCUAACCCCAGACCAAGUUGACGUUUCAUGCUCCUCCUCCUAUACUCGUCGAGGUCGUCGAGUUCCCGCAUCGCUCCCGCGGCAUUUAUCUCAACAUGCGU